AUGUUUUCUGCACCCUACCAGCUUUGGGACAUACGAGAUGGACAAUGCAAACAAACCUUCCCAGGACACGAGUCCGAUAUCAAUGCAAUCACCUUCUUUCCCAGUGGACUGGCUUUCGCUACCGGAAGUGACGAUGCCACGUGUAGACUGUUCGAUAUCCGUGCAGAUCAGGAAAUCGGAAUGUUUAGCCAUGACAAUAUCAUCUGCGGUAUCACGAGUGUUGCAUUUAGUAAAAGUGGACGUCUCUUACUUGGUGGUUAUGACGACUUCAAUUGCAACAUAUGGGACACAUUGAAACAGGAACGUGCUGGUACGUUAUUUCAACCCAGCCCUCAUCUCAAGGGCGUGGACCACUUUCAAAAGCGGAACGUUUUUUCCUUUCUUUCUAUUGAAUCAGGCAUCCUGGCCGGUCAUGACAAUCGCGUCAGUUGUCUCGGUGUAUCUGAGGAUGGGAUGGCUGUUUGCACUGGAUCAUGGGACAGUUUCCUGCGGAUUUGGAACUGA